AUGAGACCUGAUAAUAUGAACACCCAUGUGGAAAGUAACUAUAAUAGAAACUUGGAUGAUGUGAUUAACCUUCUUCCGGAUCUUGGCAGAGGAUUGGAUGUUAAUAUCAGGUUUCGUCACGUCAACGAUUUCGAAUUUACACCAGCUCUGUCCUUGUUUGACCUCCUUCGCAUAAACCUGUACCAUGGAUGGCUUCCAGAUCCUCAAUUUGUUGAAAUUAAGAAUGCUAUUGGAGAGCUCACCUACAACCAGUUAGUAGAGAGAAUCUGUGAUGAAAACGAUCCCAACCGCUUUUUGUUCGAAGAAUUUUUGGGUGAGAACAUAUCUCAGCUGACCUAUCAUGGACUGGUUGCUCUUAUGGAAGCUAUGCGAGAUGGCGAGUUGGCAGUGCUAUUCCGUAAUAAUCACUUCCAUACCAUUCAUAAAAGGAAGGAUCUCCUUUAUCUGUUGGUAUCAGAUAGUGGCUAUGUAAGAGAGCCUGAUAUUGUUUGGGAGUCAUUUAACACUGUGGAUGGAAGUUCAAUUUUUUUCAAUGGUGACUUCAAAAUCAGCUCACUUCCAAGCAGUAACCCCAGUGAUUCUCAAAUAGCAUGUUCUACAGAAGCAGAGUGA